AUGGCGCCUCUCUCUUGUUUGGCCGGGCCUGACAAGCAGAGCAGGAGCAAGACGGAUGUCAGGUCUGCUCUGGAUACCCUCUCCGCGCUGGAUGCCAUCUUUUCAGACAGUGGGUAUGAAAGUGGCUCCGUCGGCGACGAUGAAGACGACGACGACGGCCAGCUUCCCCCCGAACACUACCUGGCCUUAGCAGAGAGCCUUGAUAUCGCUCAGCUUCGACAGAAGCCGUACAGCCCCAGAACCCAGGAAAAACUCGAUGAGACCCGUGGUUACUGGGAGAGGUACUGGCGGUGUGAUAUCCGUCGUGGCAAGAACAAUCGAUACUGUCCGGGCAUCAAGCGCAAAAGCUCACUGGAGACAUUUUGGAAGUGGUGGCACCUUGUCCUCAAACAGGAAACGGCAUCGGGACUCAGCAAAGAUACAAUUGUCAAGGUGGAGGAUGUUGUUGCACAGGUGGCCACAGAAAAAGAGCUGGCUCUUGUUGGGCGGCCAAAGAAGAACAUGUAUAUUGAAGAUGUUGCUGAGUUCGCUCAAGUCGUUCUCACCACCACUGAGAUGACAUUUGUCUGCGGUUGGCAGCGCAUUCAAAUGCUUCUCUUCUUGCAGCUUGCGGCCAUCACCGCCAGCCGUCCCUCGGCGAUCCUCCAUCUUCGGUAUCGAGACGUCGUGUUAACCCUGAUCCGAGUUCCAGACGGCGGACGCCCCCGAUUGUUCAUAUUCUUAAAACCAGAGUUUACUAAAAGAUUUCUCGGAGAUAAGGCACCGAAUGAGUUUAAGAUUCCGGAAAUCAUCUUUGAUCCGACCCUGGUUCUCAGCCCGCAUAUCUGCCUGCUGACUAUGCUCUUUCACAUUGGAGGAUUCAAGUCAAUUUCAACAAGUGGACCAGUGUUGGAUUGCGCAGAGAAACUCUACAGCGCCAAGACGGAGCCAACAUCCACCGGAUUUAAAAUUUGCUUGGAUCAGAGGAUGACUCCAUCCAUGGUGAGUUCCCGGAUGCGCCGAGCCGGUGAGAUCACGGGCUUUGAGGAGGUCGCCCACCCGUACAACCUCCGAUAUGCUGGAGCUAAGGCAUUUAACAACAGCGAGGAAGUUACGGAGGCUCUUCAGAACAUCAUGCUCCAGCACGCGGAUAUUCGCACCUUCGUCAAGCAUUAUCAGGUGGACGUCGACGUUGACGCGCAGGGAAUAGUCCGGAAAACAGGCUCCCAAACAGCAUUGGUGCAAUUUGCCUGCUCGAUGAGUGCAUCCAUCGACCCCAACCGACCGUAUAAGCUCUCUCCAGAAGAAUCACGGUCCGUCAAUUACCUUCCAGUUGUCCGUGGCCGUCAGGAUACUGUCCAGAAGCGCAAGCGGGAAUGGGAGGAUCGUGAAGCCGAGUUAGAACGUGCCAACAGGGUAUGCAAGACUUCUCUAGGGCACCUUGACGACAGAGUACUCGCCGAGUCCAACCCUGAGGUGCUGGAGAGACUGGAAGUUUUCCGUGAUCGGACAGCAGAAGCAAAGUCGGAGCACAACAAGGCUACCCGUGAGUUGCGCAACGAGAAGCAGCGGCAGCGGAACCGACAGAUCCGUGAGAACCUUGAGCGCUAUAAGAAUGAGCAGCCUGUGAUUGACCUUGAACGACAACUGGCCGGGAAGCUGGUGGAUACCAAAGUCAUGGACACUUUCGAGCACGAGGCCUUCAUGCCUCCCGAGCACUUGAUGUUUGUUGACUGCGUGCUGACCAUGCCGGGCGCUAAUCUUGAAGCGGAAUAUCAGCGGAGGAUCAACACAAUCAACGCAGGGGUUGCAUUCUGUGGCGUGGAGGAAGGGCGGCCCUCGCGCCGGCCCACGCAGACCCGUGGCAGGCCCGCGGUCGAUGAUGACCCUUGUCCUCCGACCAAGCGGCAGAGGUGCUCGGUAAAGGAUAACACUGAGGUCCUCUUGCACCAAGCAAUGGAGUCUGUGCAGGCCAAGUCUACAGCUGAACAGCCUCAGACCUGCUUUCGGCCUCGCGUUUGCUUUCUCUGCGUUGGGAAUCCUAGUUGCGCGCUGGAGGACCGCAUUAUGAAAUACGCAACAGCCGGAUCGCUUACAAGGCACUUUCUACGAAGACAUAUCAACCCUCCAUGGCCGGCCAAAUUGCUGGUACCGGUACCCUCCCAUGCAAAGGGUUCAACGCAGGCCCCCAAUACACUCGCUGCGGCUGAUCAUUACUUUCAUGAAAGUACGACACAACGCCAGACACAGAUGUCCUCAACCUCAACACCAUGCAAUCAACAGCAGUAUCCCGCUCUUAUUCCUGCACUGCAACAGGGUGGGUUGAGACAUUCUCUAGCUCACUUAGAAGCUGUCCGGCCACACCCGAUACGAAAUCCUCCAAUGCUCCAGACAGCAACAGAAUCGGCGCAAAUAUGGCUUGGUACAAUCGAUAUCGAUCUGGAAUCCGGGUCACGGAGAGCGGCGGAGAAACGACGACUGAAUAGCCGCGCUUCUAAAAGGUUCCGCCAGCGCAAGAAGGCUAAGGUGGAGGAAAUGCAGGAGACGAUUGAGAGAUUGACCAAGGAAUGUGACUAUUUGCGACGUUUGUGUCAUAGGCUGGGGAAGAGCAGGGAAGCAGAGAUCGAUUCGAUUCCUGCAUCUCGAUCGCGGUUACUGACUGACCCUUAUCAAAAACAUCGUUCGAGUCGCACGUGUACUAGCCAAUAG